CAUACUUUAGAUCCAAACAAUCAGGAAGCGUGAUUCACAACCUAUCAAGGCAGGCGAACUUAAAUUGUCACACUCAUCCUAGGAUCUGAUUAUCCGCAAUUAAAAAUGUCAAUUCAACAAAAUUCCUCUGAAUCAACCCUGAAAAGUGACAACCCUUCCGUGUCCGGCUCAACACUCGGUUCAGAACCGUCGAGCAUAGUAUUGCGUAUCGCAGAGAAAGAAGCCUGGCUACCAUCACCAAUCGAUAUCAACAUCAAUUGCUCAGAGAAACUGACCCUACCGGAACUCCUAUGGCAUGGCUAUGACACUCUUCCGAGUAAAAUCAAGCUAACCAACACGGGCGAAACGGUCAUUCUCAGUGCCAAGUGGGCAGAUAAUGCAAUUCCCUUCCUGGAGGGGGGUCCUCUUGCCGGUCGAUACGUAUUCUCCCAGCUGCACUUUCAUUGGGGAAAUACGGCAGUGGAUGGUAGUGCCCAUACCGUGGAUAAUGCUCACCUCCCGCUGGAAAUUCACGUCAUCCACUUCAACAGCGAGUACGAAACUCAGGCGGAAGCACUACAACAUGUUGGCGGAGUUAUCUCCAUUGUGUAUCUCUUCAAUCUCAAAUCAUCACCGAACAAGUUCAUCCAACCAGUGAUUGACAACCUAAAAGAAAUUGUGUUUCCUGAUUCGGUCUUCAAACCCGACCUGUUCCCAAUCCUAGAUUUGUUCCACACUUUCACCAACGACUACUUCCUGUACUGGGGAUCAACACGUGCGACUACCCGCAGCCAUCCUAUUCUGUGGUUGAUAUCCCGCACGCAGGAGUGCAUCGACUUCCAGCAGCUGACACACUUCCGUCAGCUCCUCGACCAGCGAAUGCGAGUAAUUGUCCGUGAACCGAGUCCGGUAGCUACCCUGGGCGAGAGGCACUUGUUCCACGUGAACUCGCUGACGCAGUGCUGCAAUUCAACGCUUUCGGUUCUGCCACAUGCCAAGUACCGGAAUGACCGGUGGUUGGUGGAUCGGAUGAACAUUGACAUUGGAUCACCUGGUGGGUGUAAGCAGUUUAUCGAAGCGCUGCGGAAUGAGAUGAAGAGCAAAUUCGGGUAGUGUUAAGCACGUACUAAUAGUUAAUCAGUAAACUCUUCAAAAUCAUUCCGUUUCAUCAGAUGGAAAUAU